AUGGUCCGACUGUCCACCCUCGCCUUCGGGCUGCUGUCCCUAGGCAGCCAGGUGGUGAGCGCCGCAGGUGUGGUAAAAGUAAUGCCCUUUGGCGCUUCCAUCGUCUCUCGCUGCUGGCGCGCCAACCUCCAAACCCUCCUCAAAGGCCAACAAAUCACAAACUUCGACAUGGUCGGCGGCCAAACCAGCAAAUGCGCCGGCAACGCCAUUGACCAAAACCACGAAGGCCACCCCGGUUCCCUCGCCACAGACUUCGCCCGCACAGGAAACCUAACCGGCUGGCUCGACGCCAACCCGCCCGACGUGAUCAUCAUGCUCCUCGGCACCAACGACGUCUUACUCGGUCGCAAGCCCGUCGACGACGUGCUGCACGCCUACGACACCCUCCUCGGCCAAAUGCGCGCAAAGAACGAAAACAUGCAAAUCGUCUUCUCCAACCUCCUCCCCUUGGACCCGGCGCGCUUCCCGCAACGCGCCGUCGAUGGGAUUAAAGAGCUCAACACGGCGAUAGCGAGUUAUGCGCCGAGUAAAAGUACCAUCAAGAGCCCCGUGUGGUUUGUAGACAAUUAUGCAGAUUUCGACGCCGUGAAAGAUACAGACGAUGGCGAACAUCCGAAUUUGAGCACGGGCGUAGAGAAGAUGGCGACCAAGUUUCUGGAGGCGACAAAGAGUGCAAUUAGGGGGGCGGAGACGUUUAAGCGGAAGAGGAGUUUGAGGAGGGGGGGUGUGAGCGUGUAG